AUGUUCUUUUAUUUUAUUUUAUUUUUCUUAUCCCUUAAAUUUUUUGUUUUGUUGGAAUGUAUGAGCGUCACAGAUAAUCCGGCCUGCUUUCUUUGCUUUAGUAGAAGGGAGAUGGAUUCGGGAGAAAAGGAAACCGCCGCUGAUGCAUUGCAAAGCACUUCUUUUCCUCUGUCGGAACUCAAAAAAUUUAUGCAUAAUGCCUUAAGUUGGCCAGCAACAGAUCUUACGCCUGACUCUUCGUUACCUGCGCUACAGAAACUUUCGAGUGGUCAGCCUAUGCGUCUUUGCUUAUCUCCGGGCAUGUACGCUUGUCAGAUUAUCGAAAACACCGCUUCAUGUUUAGUUGCUGGCGCAUCUACUGUGAGGGAUACAAUUGUUUCGUUGACGGAUAGAGAGGGCGAAAGUGGUUUUGUGGGAAAGGAUGGAUUUUCAUCUAUGGCAGUGUUUCAGCAGCCGAUGAAGAUUUAUUCGCGCGCCUCCCUUGUUUUUCAUAGAGUCUGGUUCAUGAACAUUGUAGAGGUGGUGGGAGGAGGUCCAGUCUUCUUUUCGCAGUGCCUUUUUGGGGCUUCCACAUGCGGUGGCAAUGUAGUAGGAUUGCCAGGAUCGUCACAAUUUGCAAGUGUUCAUCUUGCAAUGGAUGGGGAUUGCUUUUUCUUUGACUGUGACUUUGUUUAUCGUUGCGGUGUGGCGGGAUGGGAGGGCAAUAAUGAGGUGCCUGCCGUAACAGCCUCCGGCCCUACAAAGCUUCAUAUUUUGAACAGUAGUUUUUCGGGUCCAGGUGUGGUGUCCACCGCACUGGCUUUAUUUGAUACCGCUAGGCUUGAAGCGGAUUAUAUUUCUGUUGUCCGCUGUGGCGGUCACAGUCUUAUCUUGAGGGAUAAGAGUAGCGCAAUCAUUUCUCGUGCUCUCUUUGAUCGUAAUGACAGCGGUGUGUGGGUGAAGGACGAUGGAAAGCUUGAUAUCCGGGAGUCUUCUCUUGAACUGGUGCGUCAUGGACGAAGCGGUCUUGUUCUCUCAGAUGGCGGGUAUUGCUUGGCCCACAAGUGCAUAUUCUCAGCCUGGGCUGCGGGUCCACAGUCGAUUGGUAGGUGCAUUGUGGUGGCGGGUGAUAAUUCUUACGUGUCGUUGAGUUUAUGUGAGUUGUUUUGGCGGAAUGGCGAGGGCUCAAUCAAUUCACAGGAGUUAAUUAAAGACCCCGACCCCGUUCCUGGUUCCGACACCUGUGAAAAGAUGAAGGAUUUUGGACUCUGUCAUGUGUUGCUGGGAGGGCGAAGUGAGGCGACAAUCUCCCGCUGUGUUUUUCGACUGCCACUCACAGUGGAGUCUAACGGGCAGAGCUCCGUCAUUGGCGUGCUGCUGCGGAGUGUGCCGAAACGUGAUUCCAUUACCCUCUAUGCGGUAGAAAACACCAUUGUGUUUGGGUGGUCCAUGGAAGGCGACGAUGUGCGGAGGGCGAGAUUGCCAGAGAGAGGCAAAUCUUCACACACCUGGGGUCUCGUGUUGCCCUAUGUGUCCAGUCGGAGCGAGGAGAAGAGGCUGAGGCAGCUGGCAACGAUGUGGAUGACUGACAAUUGUUUUCUGGAGAGCAAUGAGGAACCGCUGAAGGACGCCUCUCUCGUCUACAGUUCUUACGAAGGAUAUUGCCGAGGCACGGGGGUCUCACUGGUAUUCCCCGAAGUGGCAAAAAAUAAGGAUGAGGAUGAUGCCAAUGCGGUUUGUUCGUCGACCGUUUCUUUCAUGACCUCGGAUUUUGUCAAUUCUCCUCCCGUGCAGGAUUUGGAAAACCACUCCGUCAAUGUGCAUUGGACACCCAGGAAGUCGGUCACCUCGUUGUUGCCGGGCGGCGCAGCUUUGACGCCAAGUUCGUUAUGCGAGAAUUCACCACCGUGGAGAGAACAUACAUGCCCAGAACAAGGCUACCUGAGUUUAGUUGAAGAGGAGAGCAGCGAUUCCACUAGUCUCACCUCCUACAGCGGCAGCGAAAAGGAAGGCCGUGGUAUCACUGUGGCCAAGAGGGCCUCACUGUCACUGCCUGAAGUCGGCAAUUCACCUUAUGCAUGUGCGCAAAAUAACGUGGGUAUUCUUCGAUCGCCAUCUGAACUCCCUUCCCCAAAUGGGGUUCACCUUCACACGAAGAGAUGUCGUAAAAUAUCAGGAGAGGCAGCAAUUGGGCUGCCUGAUCGCAAACAGGAAAUAGUUUUGGAACCCUUCCCUCAAAUGACUGUUGCUGCCACGGAAGCACCUCGGCCACUUUCAGUGUCUUUUGCGACAGAUGAGGAAACGCCAACUAGCAGACCGGGCCUACAAGACGGGGAGCGACAAUUUUGCUUUUUCGCUGGCGGCAGGCGUCGUGGCGUGUGCCAACGACGUCAAUUGUUGAUGAAGCAGGAAGUUAUUGACUGUCAAAGGAAGCUGCAGAGUCUCAUGAGUCGGAGAUCGAAGGGUACGAUUGUUUCUUCAAGUCACACUGGCACCGCACAAACGCAGAAGGUUCGGAAUUCACUGGCGACGAAAAAGUCCAAUGCCAGGAUUUUCUCGGAAUUAUUUCCUUAUCAAUCAGAGUUGGGUCCUCGUCGAAGGCCUCUUUUGGCUGGAAGAGAGUCGCCAAGUGAACGACUCGUUGAAAAAGAUAAUGUCUCAUCGAAAGAGGUAUGGCCAUGGGAAGUUCCAACUCUGAGGAGGUUUCUGAUGGAGAAGCUUGGCAUGUAUUCUAGCAUUGGGGCACAAGAACGGGCAUUUCGUGGUCGUGGGAAGGAUGAGGAGAGGGAGGAGGGAGAGGAUUUGGUGUGGCCACCGCAAAGAAAACGUGCUCCAGCCAACCGUGUGAACGUGGGAUCGUUGAAUGGUAACUCCCGUGGGAUGUGCAGCACCUCGCCCAGGAGGGAAACACGGUUGCGCUCUCCUUCAUUGGUACCCACUCCAGUAGAUUCUUUUUUUGCCCAUCGCCCAUCGCCGGGGAAAGCGGGAUUUGUCCCCUUUCGGCUUUACGAACAGUUCUGGAAAAAAUGGUGCAAGACGCAUUUCGUUCGUGAAUCCUCAAAUCAACCACAACGCGAUCAGCGCGAGGGUGAGUGCCGAUCACGAGGUGAGAUGGAACAUCAAGCCCCACAGUUGCACAGCUCAGGGAACACGGAUAAAAAAUGGGUCCCUGCGACACGCGUGGCGGGAUCUGCUCGUAACUACGCUUUUCAGCAGAGGGAUGCCACGCAGCCAAGCAAAAUUGGGGAACUGACGGCGGAAGUACGGCAACCGAGUUCAGCCGUUGUAGUUAAUCAGACUUUACACGAUUUCAGCGACAGAGAAGAAGAAAAAGCGGAGGAAAACGAUGCUGGCCACGGUGCUACUGUGAUUCCGCCGAGGAUGCCAGUAUUUCGGCCCCCACUGACCGCGGCGAGGGUUGAGGGGCGCAAUAGGUUUGCCUUUAAAAGACGUAAUCCUGCGUAUUCUUCGGUGUAA